AUGGCGUCCUCAAGAACAGAGCUCAUCGAAGUUCAACCCAACGUUAAGAUUAACGCCGUUAUCUCCGAGCCGCCAGGGCUCCCUAUCCAGCACGAACUACCCAGCGUAGUGUUCCUCCACUUCUGGGGUGGUUCGGCCAGCACCUGGUCGCUCGUCACGCCUCUCGUUUCCACACACUAUCCGAGUGUUGCGCUCGACUUUCGUGGCUGGGGCAGCUCCACAGGGCCCGCCGACCCAAAUGCGUACUCCAUUGAAGCGCUAGCCAGGGACGUCGAGGCUGUCAUCGCGGCGCUGAACCUCCACAAGGUUGUCCUCGUGGGCAUGUCAAUGGGUGCCAAAGUUGCUCAGCUUGUGGCGGCCCGGCUAUGCUCUCGUGCUAGCAAAGGCGACCAAGCAACCGUCUUGCUCGGAGUCGUCCUUGUUAGCCCAGCACCGCCGACGCCGCUAGUACUCCCGCCUGAGAUGCGCAAGCAGCAGCUCCGUGCAUACGAUGACCCGGACUCAGCGAUGUUCGUAGCCAGAAACGUCUUAACGGCAACAUUUCGAUCACGCGACCUGCCCAAUUUCGUCGUCGGGGAUAUGUUGCAGGGGAAUAAGUGGGCGCGGGAGGCGUGGCCUGCGUACGCGAUGGCAGAGGACGUGUCUGAGGCUGCUGCAAAGAUAGCGGUCCCUGUACUGGUGCUAGCGGCCGAGGAAGACAUCGUGGAGCCUCUUGAGAGGGUGCAGAGGGAGGUGUGCGCGCGCAUUCCGGAGGCGAAGGUUGCGGUCCUCGCUGAGACGGGCCAUCUCUCGCCGCUUGACGCUCCAGAUGUUGUAACGGAGCAUCUGUUAGAAUUCCUGGAUGGGUUAUAA